GCUGGUGUCGACGGCAAUGUCUUCCCAGUCCAAGGGUAGUCGGCUUGGAGAUGGCGCGUCAUCUAACGCCAUGCCGACCUCCAGAUUGUACACAUCUCCCGUCAAGUCGUCGUCAGCCCACGUCAACAGCAACGGAAGCAAUCACGAUAACAGCUCUUGGCAGUCCCCGUCAACCACUGCAUCAGGUGGAAUCGUUCGACGAAGUAGUCCGUUGACCACGUCGCCGCUCGUCUCGUCCGAUCUCACGUCCACCGCGGCUCCGUUCGUGCCGAAACAACAACGAUCUGUGUCCAAUGCGUCGAGUGCAACGGACGCGGUGCCCGCCGCUUCGUUUGUUCAACAGGUAUCUCAUGGCGGGUGCUUCUACUACGUUCCGGACGCGGCAGGAGGGGCUACACCUCCGAUUCCGCCGGCAAAUUUGCAUUUAGCCGGGCCGUCGCAGCCACCGCUGGGGUAUUCGCAUGGCCAUGCCCCACAGCAGCAGCCCUUGCGCGUCGACACGGUCCAGCACCACGGCCUGAAUGGCCACGUCCCAGGACCCCAUCGUUUUUCGCCACACGUUCCCCAUCACCACUCAGCGCUCUAUCCAUCAUCCCCGAUCGUAGCGACCCGGCGAUCGUUGGCGUCGCUUGCGUUGGCACCAUCGAUUCGACGGACACUCGACGCCCAGCACGACGAAAUGGUGCGCCAGGUCGACCCUGGCGACGAGCGGUACAAGGAAAUUCCGUCCCAGUUUGUCUGCAUGUGGCCCCUCGACAACACAACGACGUCCCACCGCAACGUGGCGGGGAGCUUUGGGUACCCGUCGCACUCGUACAAAGUCCUGAGCGAGACGGAUGGCCGGACGUACGCGCUGCGCCGCAUUGAGAACGUACGAACAACGCCAGCCAUUGUCCAGCAAGCCGUCGACAUGUGGAAGCGCGUUUCCCACGCGGCCAUGGUGCCGCUGCAUCGCGCGUUUGUGUCCCAUGGGGCUCUCUUCUUUCUGUGCGAAUUCUUUCCUGGCGCCGUCAGUGUGCACCAAAAGUACAUGAAUCCAGUGCCCAUGUCGUCGGUCGAGCCCCCAAGUGAAGCGUUUUUGUGGUCGCUGUUGACCCAAGUGUGUGCGGCCCUUCGCGCCGUGCAUGGCGCGAACCUCGCGUGCAAGAGCAUCCACGCCAGGCGCUUGUUGCUCACUUCGCACGAUCGGAUUCGAAUCACAGGACUCGGUGUGCUCGACGUGCUCGAGUACGAUAGCCUCAAGUCCAAACCUCGACUCGACAGCAUGCAGCGCGAUGACAUUGUGGCGCUGGGAAAAGUCGUGCUGAGCGUCGCCAGCGGCCGCGACUGGCAUGUAUCGAUUCACCACGACAUGGUGGACCACCUGCGCGAUCGAUACUCGCCAGCGCUCAGUGACGUGGUCAUCCACAUGCUCGACCACACGAUUGAUACGGUCACAGCGUUGAGCGGUCCCCUCCAAGACCAUGUCUUUGCUGCGCUCGACAUGCAGAGUCGACUCACGGACGAAUACGAGGUCCAACUGAGCUCCGAGUACCAGAAUGGCCGCAUGCUGCUCCUGCUGCUGAAGCUCGGGCUCGUCAACGAACGGCCCGACCUCCAUCACGAUCGUAGCUGGGCCGACACUGGCGACAGAUACCUGCUCCAGUUGUUCCGCGACUACGUGUUCCAUCAAGUCGACGAACUGAAUCGACCGGUGGUGGAUUUUGGCCACAUUGUGGAUUGCCUCAACAAACUCGACAGCGCCGCGCCCGAGAAAAUUUUGCUGUCGUCGCGGGAUGGCCAGUCCGUCUUGGUGGCGUCGUACGUUGGGACGACGACGCACAUGAUGACGAUGCUGUCGUAAAACGCGCGUCUUGGUAGAUAUGCGGAAGUCCAUCGUUGCGUGCAGCGGACGUUUUCCGACCUGCUCACGGCGGCCCAGCACCGACCGUCCCACGUGACGCCCGUGGCCAAGACCAACAGCGCGGGCGUGGCCACGCGUGGCGGGCGCGGCCAUGGCCGUGGGGGAAGGGGUGGGCGAGGGGGUGGCAGGGACUAACGCAAGUAUUCUCUCGAGGAUCCACCGCGACCCCGUCGAAUGUCGACGCGACAUGGCGACCAACACUGUAGGACGCAGUAGCACGAAAUGAAAUAUUCCAUCACACAACAACACGCCGUGUGUCCUGUCU